AUGACCACUCCCGCUGUCACAGCAACCACCAUCCCCCAACAACCCACCAAGCCCAUCAUGAACUCCACCGUCACCCCCGUCGACAUCGAGAACGACGGCCCCCUCUUCCCAUGCUCCCUAAUCUCGCCCGAAAUCAUCUCCAUCCUACCAACCGACUACACCAUUCGCCCACUGCGCCGCUCCGACUACAAGCGCGGCUACCUGGAUGUCCUGCGCGUGCUGACGACCGUCGGCGAGAUCGCCGAGGACCAAUGGAACCAGCGCUAUGACUGGAUCGCCUCCCGCAAUGAUGAGUACUAUAUGCUGGUCGUGUGCGAUGGCCAGGACAACAUCGUCGGGACGGGUAGCUUGAUCGUGGAGCGCAAGUUUAUUCACUCCCUCGGUAUGGUGGGCCACAUUGAGGAUAUUGCGGUGGAGAAGAAUCAGCAGGGCAAGAAGUUGGGUCUGCGGAUUAUUCAGGCCUUGGAUUUUGUUGCGGAGAAGGUUGGCUGCUAUAAGAGCAUUCUUGACUGCUCCGAGGCCAAUGAGGGCUUCUAUGUCAAGUGCGGCUUCAAGCGAGCCGGUCUGGAGAUGGCUCACUACUAUUGA